AUGGCGGGAAGUUCGUGUUAAGGUUAGAAAUAACGCAAUUUAAUUUCUCGUUAUUCACUUAAAUUUAAAACUGGAAAUAUGAAGAAAACGAUUUUUCAUCAAAAUGACUUACGAUCAGCAUCGCCAACUCUCCAAACAUAUAAAUUGAAAUCAUCGGAACCUGACAGAACAAACUCGUCGUUAUCACCGGCAAAUGUACAACUUUUCAUUGUACAUGAAUUGUAGUAAUCUUGAUUGUAGAAUUGACAAAUUGGCUCUUGAUGGAGAGUUGAAUAUAGCACAGGAGGUAGACGACGACGAAGAGCGAGCAAAAGUGUGCCCAUUGAGUUGAAUCGAACGCUCAUGCAACUUUGAGCGGCAUCAUCGCCACCAUAACGAAUAACAGGCAUACGUUGUGCACGCGUAUCC